AAUGGUUUAUUGUUUUGCUCCUACAUGUGUCCAUUCGUCGGAGGGCAACACUUGCAAGUUCUUCGCUUUUCCAAGCGCUACAAAGCAGAACGACGAGUACAAGAGAUGGAUUCGACUCAUCAGAAGAGAAGAUCGAGAGCACAGCAAGUACUCAAGAGUAUGUAGCUGCCAUUUUAGGAAUGGUCUGAAAGCCAAUGGUCCUGAAGUGUUUGAACGCAAUAAUGGACUCCAAUUUGCCCGAAAAAAUGAACAGCCAUUAGUAGCUGACACAGAAGAGAACCUGCAAACAACACAGGAGAUUAUCCUGGAAGCAGAGCUUGACUUUGCCAACAGGGAGCUAAAGGAACUUAACCAAACAGUCCAGUAUAAGAGGAGCAAGUACACUGUGUCUGCGCUUGAGGGAGAUGUAAUACGAAUGGAGACAGUUCUUCCAACCAAAGAAGUCUUUAAUAUUGUUGAAAAGCAUGAUCUUAGAUUUAAAGAUAGCGUGAACUAUUUUGCUGGAUGGAAGGUAGAAUCCAUCAAUUUUGAGGAUCAAAUUUUUAUCACUUUAAUGAAAGUACGACAG